GAAGAAGAAGAAGAAGAAGAAGGAGCAGGAGACGAAGAAGGAGACGAGGGCUGAAGUCUGGAGCUCGACAUGGACGCGAAGGAGCGCGCUGUGAGCGCACUGGUCCAGAGCAACAAGAGGGUCGCGCUCCUGGUCGCAGCCGGCGUCGCCGUCCUGGGCCUCGGGCUCGGGUACAAGUACCUGCGGAGGCCAGAAGGAGGAGAGGAAGAGGAGGAAGAGGAGGAGGAGGAGGCGCUGGUCCGCGUGGGCGUCGUGUCGCGGCUCCUCGUCCACCCGCUCAAGUCUGGCACAGCGGUGUCCGUGACGCGCGCCGAGUGCCAGGAGCUCGGCUUGAGGUUCGGGGAGCUGCAGGACCGACACUGGCUGGUGGUGACGGAGGACGGCCACAUGGUGACGGGCCGACAGGAGCCUCGUCUGGUCCUGGUGUCUCUGACCUGCGAGGGAGGUCACGUGCGCCUGAGCGGACCAGAGAUGGAGGAGCUGAGGUUCCCCGUCAAACAGCCCGACGGCCCCGUGAUGGACUGCAGAGUGUUCGGCGCAGACAUUCAGGGUCGUGACUGCGGCGACGAGGCGUCCCGCUGGCUCACCCGUUAUCUGGGGGAGGGGAAAACCUUUCGCCUGGUGCACUAUGAACCUGCGAUGAAGGGCAGGAGGCCAGAGGAGGGGGAGUCUGGUUUCCCACCGUAUCAGGUGGCGUACCCAGACGUGGCGCCUGUGAUGCUGCUGUCCGAGGCCUCGGUGAAGGACCUCAGCAGCAAGCUGGAGACGGACGUCACGGUGGAGCGCUUCCGCCCCAACAUCGUGAUCGGUGACUGCGAGGCCUUCGAGGAGGAUUCCUGGGAGGAGCUCCAGAUCGGCAGCGUGCGACUGCAGCGCGUGAUGUCGUGUGGAAGAUGCAUCUUCACCACGGUCGACCCCGAGACCGGUAUAAUCAACAGAAAAGAGCCUCUGGAGACACUGAAAAGCUAUCGUCUGUGCAAGCCGUCCGAGAAGCACCUCUACAAGUCGUCCCCGUUGUUCGGCCAGCUGCACGCCGUGAAGAGGACGGGGAUCCUGCAGGUCGGCGACGUGGUGUUCAAGGUCAGCCGCUGACGGGGCCGAGACGGGGAGAGGAGGAGGAGGAGGGAAAGACUGCGCGAGAGCCGCUGUAUAAUCGCAGUGUUAACACAAAAAGAAUCAAUUAUUAUCCUUCCGCGUAGCUGCUAUUUCAUAACUCUGUCUUAUAGACUGUUGUGUGACACUAAGGGAAUUUGAAUUAAGCACCUUUUUUUUUUGCACAGUUCACUGAUUUUUUUAAAAAUCCUGACGGCACGACGCAAUGCUGCCUUUUCCGAGAAGAAUGAAAUGACCUCAAAUUUUGCAAUAAAAACACUUGACUGAG